UCUGUUUUGAGCUCCGGCUGCCAGUCACGUGGUGUCGGUCACAUGAUGUGAGCGGAAGUCAGCACCGGCUGUGAGUGUGACAGAGCUGUGGACGGUCCGCUGCUCCACCGUGACGCCCUCAAACCCUUCUACCGCACACACACACAGAGAACAGCCGCUUUGAGCUCCAGCUGCGCGAUCCACUCAUCGUCUUUUAAAAAGUGGACUUCAUGGCCGCGACAGGACUCCAGGACUCUCCAGAGCAAAAAAGCCUGUCCUGCUCGGUGACACACUACGGCUCCACAGACAGCAGCGGCGAGCAUGAGAGCAACAGUCAUGGCAACAACCAUACCAACCAUCAGUGUCCCACAGCAGGAGCAGGUCAAUGGGUCGUGGCUGACCAGGGAGAGGAGGCCCUUCGCAGGAAGCUGAAAUACUUCUUCAUGAGUCCUUGUGAUAAAUAUCACGCCAAGGGCCGCAAGCCAUUUAAGCUGGGCCUGCAGCUGCUCAAGAUCAUCAUUGUCACAGCUCAGUUGGUGCUGUUUGGCCUCAGUAACCAGGUGGUGGUGACCUUCAAGGAGGAGAACACGAUGACCUUCAAGCAUCUCUUCCUCAAAGACUACGAUGAGUCCUCAGACGACUCCUUUGCGGUUUACACGCAGAGGAAUGUCUAUGAUCACAUCUUCUACACCGUGGAGAAGUAUCUGGCCUUACCGGAGACCACAGUGGGACGCUACGCAUACGUGUACGAUGUUGGCGUGAAUGGCAGCGCGCUCUCCCUCUGCCAGCAGUACUACAAGAAGGGACGCAUCGACCCAGCCAACGACACUUUCAAUAUAGACCCCCACAUCUCCACAGACUGUGUAGGUGUGAACCCUCUGUCCAUGCCUCCGUCUUCACUCAGCAGCAGCUACAAGAACUUUACGCUCAAGUUCCACAAGCUGAUUAAUGUCACAAUAGAGUUCCAGUUGAAGGCAAUCAAUAUACAGACCAUCAUUAACAACGAGAUCCCAGACUGCUACACCUUUUACAUAACGAUUGUUCUGGACAACAAGGCGCACAGCGGCAAGGUGAAGAUCCGGUUAGAAAAUCAGGCAUCGAUUAAAGAGUGUAAAGACCCGAGCGUCUCUGGACAGGCUGAGAACUACUCUCGUGUAGCUUUUGACAUCGUGGUGGCUCUGGUGUGCAUGGUGUCACUGCUUCUCUGCGGACGCUCCAUACUGCGAGGCAUCACGCUGCAGCAGGAGUUUGUGCAGUUCUUUAAGGAAACUCUGGAUCGUAAAGUGUGCUGGGCAGACCGGCUGGAGUUCAUUAACGGCUGGUACAUCCUCCUCAUCGUCAGUGAUAUCCUCACCAUUACCGGGAGUAUCAUCAAAAUUGGCAUUGAGUCUAAGAAUAUGUCCUCCUAUGACCUCUGUGGCAUCUUGUUAGGGACCUCCACUCUCCUGGUGUGGGUGGGAGUCAUUCGCUACCUCACGUUCUUCCAGAAAUACAAUAUUCUGAUCAUCACACUGCGAGUUGCGUUGCCCAACGUGAUUCGAUUCUGCCUCUGUGUGGCCGUCAUCUAUCUGGGCUACUGCUUCUGUGGCUGGAUCGUCCUGGGGCCGUACCAUGUCAAGUUCCGCUCCCUGUCCAUGGUUUCGGAAUGCCUGUUCUCCCUUAUCAACGGGGACGACAUGUUUGUGACGUUCGCAGGGAUGCAGGAGAGCAGCACUCUGGUGUGGCUGUUCAGCCAAGUUUACCUGUACACCUUCAUCUCCCUCUUCAUCUACAUGGUGCUGUCGCUGUUCAUUGCUCUUAUCACAGGAGCCUACGAGACCAUUAAGCACCAAACCCAAGAAUCCAUCCACAUCACGGACCUACAGGCCUUCAUAGCAGAGUGUACGGACGCACCAAGCUCUGGGAAGUUCAGGGGUCUGGAAACCUCGCCGUGCUCCUUCUUCUGCUGCUGCGACAGAACAACCACAUAUGAAGACGUCCUGCUGGUGAACUGAGGUAGAUCUCUGUGACCUCGCUAGUUACCCCCUGCUGGCCACAGGGAUACACCGCACAGACUCCUGACGCCAACGUACUGUAUCUGGGUCAGUUUCUUAGCACUCAUCCUCAGGAGGAAUUGCCUUCAGCUGGACCAGCACUCUGUACAAGGAAUAUAUAACACCAGUCUUUUUAUUGGACCUCUUAUUUAACCCUGUCUUCAUUUCCGUGAACUGAAGGACAGGACUUGUCCUCUGUGUGAAGAGGAAGACUCAGCAGCAUCAUGGCUGAUGAAUGCAAAGACAUUUCUCUGUUCCUUGUUGAUAUUCAAAACAAAUCAGUAUUUUUCCCUAUGUAUGUAAUAAUGCACAUGGCUGAACCAGAAGCAGGGACUGCUGUUGGGAUACUAAACAGGUACAGGUUGGGGACUCGCAGAAGUACAAACAUGGUGUUGUUAUUUUUGUGCUUUACUUUUAUAGUCAUUUCAAAGU